UGAUGAGUCAGAUCACCGCUCAUGAGGAGAACGUGUCCGAGUACACCGAUAAGAUCGCUGUGAUGGAGGAGGAGCUGAAGAAGGUGACCGAGCUGUUUGUGGACAGUAAAACCAAACUGGAGCAGUGCACCGUAGACCUGGAUGAGAAGCAGCAGAGGCUGCAGGAGACGAGUCAAAACCUGCAGCAGACCAAAGAGAAGCUGGAUCAGGAGGUGUUUGUCAGCUUGGAGCUCACCACAGACCGGGAAACCCUCUACAGCACAGCGGGACAGCUGCUGAGUACGGUGGUUAACAGCACCAGCGACGUGUCGGGGCUCCAUGAUAAGCUGGACAGGAAGAAAAAGGUGGAGCAACACAACAGCCAGAUCCAGCAGACUUUCUCUGAGCGGAUGGAGGGAGCGUUCAGCGACUUGCAGCGCAACGUCCAGCAGCACGGAGCCAAACACCGCGACGUGCUGAGCAGCUACUCGCAGGCCGUCGAUGGUUUGCUCGUGGUGAACGAGGCGGCGCUGAAGGAGGCCCUGACCACCGUGGAGUCCUUCGUGGGUGGAGUCGGGCAGCUGGUGGCCGAGGGCGUGGCUCGCUGUCAGGACAGAGUGCGGCAGCAGGAGACGCUGUGUCUGCAGGACAAGGAGAGUCUGCUGCAGCUGCUGGAAGAGCAUCGGCAGGACAUGGAGGAGGUCGUGGUGGCUCGGACUCUGAUGGGUCUGUCGGCUGUGAAGGAGCUCAACGACACUCUGAGAGCCAACGUGGCGACGCAGCGCGCUCUGGCAGACAAGGUGGAGGCGAUGAAGGAGACGGGUGCGUUCUUCAGCAACUUGGUUCAGGAGCUGGCCGGUCUACGAGAGGCCACCGUGCAGGGCCUGAGCGCACAGCGGGCCGAACAGGACAAGCUGGAGGACGAGAUCAGACGGGCGCAGGAGAGGCACCAGACGGGUAUGAAGCGGACCGUCCAGUGCCUGCAGGACCAGCUCACCCUGCUGACCAUGGAGGCCCAGAAGGACUUCACUGAUCUGCGCUCUGCCUCCAAAGCUCUGCAGAAUCCUCUGCAGGUCCUCCAGGAGAACAUCAGCAGCGGUUACAGUUCGGUAGCGCAUCAGGCCUCGGCCCAGGCAGACCUCCUCUGCGCCACCUCCUCCUCUCUGGCCUCCUCUCUACGUGUGAACGCCGACGAGAGCCAGCAGACGCUGGAGGAGAUGACGGGCUGCUGCUCCCACCUCCACAGCUCCGUGUCCGGUCUGGUCCAACGUGACCUCCAGUGGAGCUCCAGAGCCAGGGAGCAUGCAGAGACUCAAGCCCAGGAGCACCUGUCUCUGAUGGGGAGGGUUUCCAGUGAGGCGCAGACCCUGCAUCAGAGCGUCGAGGAGCGCUGCACCGAGCGGCUCCGAACAGCCGAGGAGGAGCUGUCCGGUCGGCAGGAGGAGGUGAAGAAGGCUCUGGUGGCCGUGCAGAAGCAGAACUCCCUGGACUUGACUGUCCUGGACCAACAGCAGGCUGAGCUCCAGGACCACAUGAAGACGGCCCAACAGAUGGUCCACGACUUCCUGCAGGAGGAGCUGCAGCAGGACGUUCCCACCGGUUUGACCCCUCAGCGUCGGGAGUUUGUGUUUCCCAGGCAGCUGGUGAAGAUGCGCAGCCGCUGCGAGCUGCUGGAGAGCCUGAGGAGGCAGCAGGAGGAGCUGCAGGCCGCCAUGGAGGAGGAGGAGCUGCAGGCCGCCAUGGAGGAGGAGGAGGAUGAAGACAAACGCAGCCAGGACUCCCUGGAGGACGACUUGAGUACUUGUAACGAAAGCUUGGCCACAGAGCCGUCCUUCAUCGACGAGAACCUCGUCUUCAAUGAGAGCAAACGCGUUCCCUUCUUCAAGCAAAAGAAGGGCGGUAAGAAGGAGACGAAAAUCCCCACCAGGUUAAAAGUGUCAGAAAACGAAGCCACGUCAACGCCUCAGAAGUCCAGACUGCCUCUCCGCCCUCAGAACUAAAACAGUUUUAAUGUAUUCUUGUUAACUAUGUCGUCAAAACUCUUUGUCUCAUAUAUUUUUAAUAAUUUUGUCUUUUAAAUGUUAGGGUGCUGUCUUGUGAACUGUCACUUAGCUUUAGCAACACAAAUUGUCUUGACAUUUUCAAGUUGUUUGUAAAAAUUAAAGAGAUUUAUACAAGUA